UGUGCCCCAACAUGCUGUUCCAAAUCAAGGCACGAGGACAACGGGGCAUGGCCGCAGUGAGCUUAAUCCCACGACCAUGUCGACUUCCUCGUCGGAUAGUGACCCAAAUCAGGGGGUGACCCGCCCCAAGGUGGUACCUCCGGCCCGAUUGACCACCCUACCGGCUGAUGUCAAUGCCGGGUUCAGGCUACCUAAUCGAUCUACGCCUCGGUUCUUGCAAGUGGGAUUGCCCUUGUCUUGUCAAAGCGUACAGAAACAAAUGAAAGGCCUACCGUGGGAUGUUCAAUGGAGCACAUCCGGAUUCUUACCCUUUUCCAGACCUUUGGUGGAUGCCCGUCAGUAUAAUUUGAUCUACCAAUAUGACCAAUACCGGGCAAAAUUCCAGGCCUUUCAAAUCGUACUUGAAGCUCCCCACACCUCAAAACUAAAGCGAACCACAACUAAAGAUCGACAAGCCCUCAUCAAUGGGAACACAUCCUUUGCCGGGCAAGAUGCUCAAUUCCACGAUAUUUCAAGCACUCGGUACCUUCAACUAGUAAAGCACUUCUCAGCCAACCUGAUCUUUGAGCCUGAAAAUCUGUUAACUAAUCACGCCUUGAGAGUCAGAUCCGGAGUUCCAGGUCAAGUGCUCUUUUGCAAUCACUCGAAUUCGGUUCAAAUCCGAGAAUUUGUUUCCAAUGUUCAAAGCCAAUCACCCUUUCGAUAUCAGGUCAAAUCACCUCAAGAUCUUCACGAGAUCGUGGAUUAUACCCAAGACUUGAACAGCAUCGUUUACGGGUUCGAUUUUAUGGAUAACCCUCGAUUGUAUGCGUUGAGAUACAAAUCCAGUGUCUCGGUGUUAGAUUCCUCCAGUGAAUCGUUGCAACGAUGGAACAUGGAUGAGAAUAUCGUGGAUGUACGAGCCAUGUCCCAGAUCGAUUGCUUUGCUUCCAUCGAUGAGUUGGGAUCUCUUCAAUUGUUUGACUUGGAAAGUGGACAAACAUCCAUGUUGUGGGACAAGCAAUUCGAGAAGAACUUCAACAAGUUCUUUUGGGGACGACUGGAUCAGAAUCUACAUUCUGCCUUGUUAAAUGUGAUCGCACGCAAAUCUGUUUCGACCUUCGAUACUCGAACCCGCAACGAUGAGAUCCCUUUGUUUCAAUUGAGCCAAAAUGAAGGUCGGAAUUGCGAGAUCAUCCUGAGCACUCACACCCCAGAAUGUGAUCCCAAUCUACUUGUAGUGUUGACUAAUUUCUCGUUAUUCCUUUUGGACCAACGUCAUCCCUCUGAAGUUGUUUGGGAACUGCCCAACAUGUAUGAUUCUGCCCUUCCUAUGGGGUGUGACAGCAUUAUAGUUGAUCAGAUCGAGUAUCUGGCUAUAUACUACCAAAAUGGAGAGCUAGCCUUGGUCCCGAUUGACGCCAAAGAUCUUUCUCAAAUGGCCCAAGAAGUAUUUCUCCAUUCCAAUCAGUUUCUUUUGUCAGAUUUCCUCUUUGAGAGCGAGUAUCCUCGCCACCGAUUGCGGGUUCCUUGGUCAGGAAUGCAAGUCUUCGCCCACGGCAAAGAUCAGAUCUCAAUCAUGGGCUCGAAUAUCGUGGGCGAUUUGUUUCAGUGUGAUUUGUCCCAUUCGAAUAACAAUAUGAAUAAGUGGGGCAACACAUUGGACAAGAGUUGGUGUUCCAAUGAGAAUUGGAGUGAACCUCAAGAGACCUGGAUCAGGAGUUGGGCUGAAUCUUGUGCACAAGUGGCUUUCAAGAAACUCCCGAGAUUUAAUGAGGUUCGAUUGAGGGAGGGUUUUCCUGGUCCUCCACCAUUAGUCAAGCCCCCAAAAAAGAAACCGAAACUCAAAGCUCCCAAGACGAAGGCCAAAAAACAACCCAUCGCGAGGAAAAAACCUGUCCCGGAACCAUUUGUUUCGAUGUGCCCGUUACUUGAACGACUCAAUACCGAACGUGAAGAUUUAGACGACCAAGAUUAUAGAGUGAUCGAUAUCUUCAAUGAACGGACAAUAUUCCCUGCAUUGAAAGACGAUGAUAACGAUGUGAGCACCAUUCCCACCACUCUCGUCUUGAAAGGUGGGCCUAGAAACCCAUUGGCUCACCGGGGUGAAGAAUCCUCAUCCAACAUCAACCCGAAACGAAAAAGCACAAUGCACGAUCUUCCCACAGACUCUAAUUUCGUUUUAGACCAAUUCUUUACCGGAUUAGACACAUCGACUUUGGGAGGAACGCAAGAAAUGGAGCAAGACUUUCGUCAAGUGCCUUUUACCUCCACCCAGGAAACGUCGGAAAGACGUUCAGUUACAAAUGACGCAGAAGAGACGAGACUUGAUUUGGGCGAGAUAUCAGAUGAUAUGUUUGCCGAUGUGGAAGAUAGUAUGGACCAUGUUCAAGCCCCGAAUGGUCAGAUCUCAACCAACCUUGCUUCGAUGGGUGCUUUAAUCGAGGAACCAAUUCUUGGUUCCAGUCAAAAGCAGAUGGAUCAAACAGGCAAUCAGUCUAUGUCGCUCUUGAACUUAACUGAAAGGUCAACCAAGAAGAAGUCAAAAAAGAGAAAAACCAUCGGUUUCUAGAUUGUACUGGAAGGCCAGAAUUGGAAUAUAAGAAAGAAUAAUAUUCAUGUGCCACCCAAA